AUGGCGCUAUGGUUGGGAGAGGAGUCUGUACUGACUGACGAGAGCAGGCUCCUGCGUGAACAACGGAUCACUGUCCGUGUGGAUGCACGAAUGACACCAGAUCAAGAAAGGGCAUGGAUGUCAACAUGGGCGGGUUCAGGUGCCGGAUCAUCUUCGGAGUACCUCUUCCAGCCUCCAUCCGACGAGCAGAGCGAGCUGCGAGUUGCGCAUUGCCCCCUCUUCGACGACGAGCCCUUUGCGAGGCAGCAUGCAGCAGCGCUGCUGAGGAACGCGUCGACGUUCAUCGGCCAGGCACUGGAUGCAGGUGAGUCUGUCUAUGUGCACUGCAAGCAUGGCGCAUCGAGAUCAGCCUCGAUCGUUGUGUGCUACUUGAUGGAGCACCGAGCCAUGACACUACUUGAGGCAGUGAGUUUGGUUAAGGACAAACGAGCUAAAGCUGGGCCCAAUGACGGAUUUCUGGAUGUCCUGCUCGAGUUAGAGGAGAAUCUGCGGGGGGCACGAAGUGACCGUGAUGAGGUCCUGAGUGUCGUCCGGCGAAAGUGGUUGGCCGACUACAAGUCAGGUCGUGUCCAGUUGAAUCGCAUGGACAGGAUCAUCUAA